UAAGGCACCUCUACAUCAGAGUUGAACUGCGAGGGGCAAAAAGAGCUAGGUUUGCUACCAAAACACCUAAAUAUAUCACUUUUGCAACGAACUGUCUAAAUAAAUUGACGUUUCACUAUAACAAUGCCUAAAACAUCUGGAUUUCCAUGAUUUUAUAUUUUUUUAUCAUCAAAGUCACUCUUUAAAUGUCUGCUUUAGUAGUACUUUGGCGUUUUUGGUUGUGAGCAUAUUCAUUAUGAGUGUGUUUUAGCAGGCUGAAGAUUUUGAUAACCACUUGCUGACAGCCCUAGCCAGGAGUCCUCCACGAAAAGGGUCGGCUGCGGAGCGGUUGUUAAACAGACGGUUAAAAGACAUACCUGAACUGAGCGCGGCCGGGUCAGGGUAUGGUUGUGGUUCAGUGGGGCGGGGGCUGAGGAAGACCCAUGGUAGUCUGUUGUGCACAUUCAAACAAGAAAAUCCGGAACCCCAGAGCAGUGUCUUAUUAGACAAGAAUGUCUUGAGGCACAGCACAAGACAAGGAAAAGAUUGUGACUUACAAAGCAAACACAGAGAGGGGACACAUGGGAAAACGAGUGACAUAGUGAAAAAGAAGGUAGGAAGGAGAAGAAAGCAUUUAAAAAUGGAACCUAAUGCAGAGGAAGAAGCAACAACCAGUGGAACUGACAAGAGUUUCUGCUGCAAAUACUGUGGGAAGGGCUUUCACAGAGAGUUUGGCCUUUCUGUGCACAUGAGGUCUCAUAACAAGGGGACAUACAAAUGUCCUAAGUGUCCCAAAAAGUUUCCGUAUCCAAGUGCACUCCGUGUGCACACAUUGAACAGCCACGGCAAAACAGAAAAGAACAAACCUUGCUCUAACGUUAAAGAAAAGUCGAACUCUAUCAACCACAAAGUGAAAUCCCUCUCCCCCAGCAGAACAAAGCCUACUUCCCCCAACAACAAACCUCUUUCUUCCAGCAAGGCCAAACCUCUACCACCCAAAGACAAACCUACCUCCCCCAACAACAAAGAUGGCUCCCCUAAAGGCAGCACACAUCCACAACUUUAUUCUUGUCACGUUUGCCAUAAGGAGUACACUUCUGCAAGUUCCCUGCAGGUCCACGAACGCAUUCACACAGGUGAGAGACCGUACCCUUGUAACCAGUGUGGGCAGAGGUUCCGUGUAAAGCAGUUCCUGAUAUUACAUUUGCGUAAAGCCCAUGCGGAUGUGUACGGAGGUGAGGAGAGCAGCAGAUACCUCUCCUGGACUGCACCAGUGGAGGAUCCCAUUGCUAACGGUGCUGAUCAGCAGCCUGCCAUUAAGUCAAAGAGCAAAGACGAUCGACGUGCAAAGGCAAACAGCAAACGGAAGCAAAUGACAGAAACAGACGGCCUGUUUCAAUGCACAGUGUGUAAAAAGCUGCUAAGUUCACAGAUGAGCCUCGUUCAACACUUCCGCAUCCACACAGGUGAGAAACCGCUCAGCUGCGAAGAGUGCGGCAAGAAAUUCCGCUGUCACCCCAUCUUGAUCAGCCACAGGAGGUCCGCCCACCCGGGGAAGAAGUACCAAUGCCUCAGGUGUGUCCAGCAAUUUGAGACCAUGGCCGAACGUAAGAGACAUCUGCUACAAGUCCACCAAUUCAAGAAACCCAACCCGCGGUCCCGCUGUCCUCGCUGUAACAGGACUUUCCACAACAGUAACUCCCUGAGGAUCCACUAUGAAACUGUCCAUGCCUGAGUCUGUCCACACAUGGCUCGGCCUAGUCAAGUUGGAGUGUUCAGCAGGACCGGGAUCAAUUACAUUCAGGAAGUCAGAUUGUUACGUCCAUUUGAAGUUACAUUUGUGAUUUGAAAAGUGCUGUUUAUUUUCAAUUAGUCUUUUUGUAAUCAUUGACUGGCUGAGUGAAAAGGGAAUUGACCCCAACCCUGGUGGCCAGUGAAUUUACAUGAUGCUGACAGAGGACGCUAAAAGAGCAAAAACUUGUGAUUUGGUGGUCAAUGUUUGUGAUAUGGUGCUUAAUAUGGGUAUCACUGAUCAAACUGUGAUAUGGGGUUGCAGGAUCACAUUUUUUUAAAGUCAGUGCCAGACCGGUUUAUGGCAUGAUUUCAACGUCUUGGAGCCAUGUUUUUAGUUUUAUGUUUUUAGUUUCAUGUAAACACGUCUCUAUCAUUUCUAUGUUAUUAUGACAAAUGUAACAUGUUCGUUGUACUGUACAUUCUCUAUGUUGUAAAGAAAAGCCCAGGGAAUAUACACUGCUCAAAAAAAUA